GCAAGGACUACGGGCAGACCCUGCUCAAGCUCCAGAACGAUUUCCAGCACCACGUUGAGCACCUGCUCACGAUGCACCUGGAGCGGGACCUGCGCAGUGCCGAGGAUUGUCUGGGGCGCCUGAAGGAGCUGGAGGAGCAGGGGCGGAUCUGGGGGCAGGAUGUCAUCCUGGCAGUCAAGGACCAGGAGCUGGUGCUGAGCGAUGUGGAGAGCAAGGAGGAGCUGGAGGCUUUCCCGCUGGGCAGUGUGCAGGGAUGCUCCGCCGGGCUGGACAACACGGUGCUGGCCAUCAACGUCCAGGAGAGGAGCCCGCCGAGGACCAGCGUGCUGCUCUUCCAGUGCGAGCGGCUGGGGGCAGAGACGCUGAGGAGCAGCCUGGAGAAGACAGCUCGACUGAGCCCCCAAGUGUCGCUCCCAGGGCUGUGUCCGGACAUGGCACCGAGCCCGGCCCCCCCGUACGCGGCGCCGGAGCGCCGGGCAGAGCCCCCCGAGCCCGAGUCCCCCGAGCCCCCCCGCCGUGGGGCGCCCCUCGAGCGGGGGGUGCUCCCCCAGCGUGGGCUGCCAUCCUCGGACUACCGGGGUGACCCCGCGGUGUCACCAGGCGCGCCGGAGCCCCCGCAGGUGCCGCGGACCCAACCCCCGGCCCAGGCUGUGUCCGAGGCGGACCGAGAUGUUGAGGUUCUCAACCACGUCCUGAGGGACCUGGAGCUCUUCACGGGCCGGCUGCACAUGGCCCUGAACUCGGCCAGCACGAAGAAGAAGAAGCAGAAGAAGAAGAAGUCAGGUAGGAAGGGAGGGCAGCGUCCCUGGGGGGCUGCUGGGGGCUGUGGGGCGGCCAGCCCGAUGCCAGAGGAGUACACGGAUUUCUUCCAGAAGGCGAAAUACGCCCUCAACCUCGUGGUCCUGGCCCACUGCCCCAGCCCCGGGCUGGCCCCGGCGGUGGAGAGCCCGCUGCUGCUGCCGGAGGCGCUGCAAUUCCUCGAGCAGAACCUGAGUGAUGACGACUACGGCGUCUGGAAGAGCCUCGGCACUGCCUGGAGCAAGUCAAGGGCUGAGUACCCCAACAGCGACCUGGUGCCCGCGUACACCCCGGUGUUUUCGGACGGGUGGCUGCCCCCCGUGAUGGAGCAGGAGCGCCACAGGGACCUGCAGGACACCCCACCGCCUGCCUCAGUUUCCCCAGCUCCCUUGCGCCAGCCUUCCCUGUCCCUGCCCCCCGCACCGCCCCCGGCCACCGGCUGGAGGGACAGCCCCAGCCAGGGACCCCCUCUCCCUGCCCAGGGGCUGGUCCGAGCCCUGUACGACUUCCAGGCCAGGAAUUCGCAGGAGCUGAGCGUCAGGAAGGGGGACGCGCUGCAGGUCUUGGACCAGCAGAGGAAGUGGUGGCUGGUGCAGGACGAGCGGGGCGACCGGGGGCACGUCCCUGGCAACAUCCUGGAGCCCCUCCCGGAGCCCCUCCCGGAGCCCCUCCCGGAGCCGGGGCACGGCGCCGGACAGGGGCCACCAUCGGCGGCUACCCCGCUGUCUCCUCCCUUUGUCCCCCGCUCCAGGACAGCCCCCCCCGGCUGCACCCCGACUCCUCGCCGGCAGAGGUGGCGGCUCCAGGACAGCCCCCCCAGGCUGCACCCCGACUCCUCGCCGGCAGAGGUGGCGGCCUGGCUGACGGACAAGGGCUUCUCGCGGAUCACGGUGCGGACUUUGGGGGUGCUGCCGGGGCAGGAGCUGCUGCAGAUGAGCCCGGCCGAGCUGCGAGCUGUCUGUCCCGAGGAGUGGCGGAGGGUCCUCUUCAAGCUGUCCCCCAUCAGGACAUCCCUGGGGAUCGAUCCCCGGGACUGAGCCACCGAGGCCACGCUGAUGUCCCCAACCUGUCACCGGCCCCGAUGGAGCACCCUGGGAACGGCUGGACU